GUACCUACUAGUGUCGUUGCUUUGUUAUCUUCAGAAAUCCCAUUGAAUCACCAAUUAUUUGUUCACACAAUGUGUUCCUUUUUUUUGGGGUAACAGUUCUUCACAAUUUCACUUACUCAUAUACCCACAAGAAGAACUUUGAUACCUUUUACUCUUUGAUACCAUUUCUAAAAUUGGUUUGAUUUUCAUUAAAAAAAAAUGGCAGCAGCACUAGUGGGUGGAGCUUUACUAUCUGCUGCACUUCAAGUGUUGUUUGAUAGAUUAGCUUCAAAGAAAAUGCUUGACUUCAUCAAAGAAAAGAAUCUCAGCCGAAAUUCGGUGGAAAAUUUGGAAAUCAAGUUGUUAUCUGUGAGUAAAGUUUUGAGUGAUGCAGAGAAGAAACAGAUUCAUGAUCCAGAAGUUAAGAAAUGGGUCAAUAGGCUGAAAGAUGUAGCUUUUGAUGCUGAUGAUAUCUUGGAUGAGAUUGCAACUGAAGCUGAAAAAGCUUCAAAUUCAGGUACGGUUCCAAAAAAAUUGUUCCCAAUUUCAUUUAAUUCUUAUUAUAGAGAUCUUGAGAAUAGGCUGGAAGAGAUACUAAAGAGGCUGGGGUUUAUUGUUGCUGAAAAGGAUAAUCUUGGUUUGGUAGAGGGGAAUGUGGACAUGGUGUCACAAAUUGUUCCAACAACAUCAUUGGUAGAUGAAGUUUUUGGGAGGGAAAUGGAUAAGAAGGUAAUAAUGGAAUUAUUGUUAGAAGAAGAUGAUUCAAGUGGUAGUAAGAUUGGUGUUAUUCCAAUUGUGGGAAUUGGGGGUGUUGGAAAGACCACACUUGCUCAGCUUGUGUACAAUGAUAAUAAGGUGGAGGAGCAUUUUGGUCUUAAAGCAUGGAUCGAUGUCUCACAGCAAUUCGAUGUGUUUCAUGUGACGAAGAUGAUAUUGGCCGUGACCGGUUUGUAUAAUUAUGACCUUGAUGACUUGAAUCUGCUCCAGGUGAAACUGAAGGAGAAGCUAUUGAAGAAGAGAUUUCUAAUUGUGUUAGAUGGCGUUUGGAAUGCUAAACCUGAUGAUUGGGAGCUUUUCUGCCGGCCGCUUCAGAUUGGUGAUCAGGGCAGUAAAAUCAUAGUAACAACCCGACACGAAACUGUUGCGUUGAAGGUGGGAACCGUCGAGACUUACUUUCUGAAAGAGUUGGGGGAUGAAGAUUGCUUGAGGGUAUUUGCAAAACAUGCGCUUCUGUCUCGUAGUGCAAAUCAGGAUCAAAAUAUUCAUGUUCUUAGUGGCGAAAUUGCUAAGAAAUGCAGAGGAUUACCUUUAGCUGCGAAAGCUCUUGGUGGUCUCUUAAGAUCAAUUCCUUCUGUUGAUGAUUGGUACAAGAUACUGAAGAGAGAAAUAUGGCAAUUUUCGAAUGAAGAACUUGGCAUUAUUCCAGCUUUGAAAUUGAGCUACUAUUAUCUCCCUUCACAUUUGAAAAGGUGCUUUGCUUAUUGUUCUAUAUUUCCUAAGGGAUAUAUAUAUGAUAAGGAGCAAAUCAUACUGUUGUGGAUGGCAGAGAACUUCAUUGAAACCCCAAAUCAAGGUUUAACAAUGGAAGAAGUCGGUGACCAAUACUUCAAUGAAUUGGUCUCUAGAUCGUUCUUUCAGAAGUCGAGCUUUCACAAAUCGCAGUUCAUGAUGCAUGAUCUCAUAAAUGAUCUAGCAAGAGAUGUGUUUGGAGAAUUUUGUUCUAAGUUGGAAGAUAAGUUCUCUCCACCUGUCAUGGAAAAGACCAGGCACAUAUCCUUUCUAAGGGAUAACUAUGAUCUAGACUUGGUAGAGGAUCUAAAAAUGGCGAAGCGGCUGCGCACCUUCUUAUCACUGAAUUUGUUAUGGCCAUUCUUGGCAUCUACAUCUCAGGAGGUGCCAGUUGAUCAUCUUACAGUGCUAACGUGUUUGAGAGUGCUGUCUCUGAAUGAUUGUUAUGAGAUUAAAAGAUUAUCAAAAUCAAUUGGCAAUCUGAUACAUCUUCGCUAUUUGGAUGUCUCUCGCACUUCAAUAACAAAGCUUCCUGAAUCUGUCUGCACUUUGUACAACUUGCAGACACUGAAGGCAGCAAAAUGUGCUUCCCUUAGGAAAUUGCCGAAGAAUCUGCGUCGUCUCGUUAAUUUGCGAUACCUUGAUAUUCGUGGAACUCCCUUGCAGCAGAUGCCAAAGAAGAUCAGCAAAUUGGUGAAUCUUAAAAUGUUGAGCACAUUUGUUGUAGGCAAAAAUAAAGGAUCAACAAUUCAAGAGUUGAAAGAGAUAUCAAAACUUCAUGGAUCGCUCUCUAUUAACAAGUUACAAAAUGUUGCUGGUUCUGCAGAUGCAUCGAAUGCUAAAUUGGUGGAUAAGGAAUUUCUUGAAGAGCUGAAACUGAAUUGGGAUGGUACAACUGGUCUCAAAGAUUCACAGGAAGAAAUCAAUCUGCUAAAUAAUCUAAGGCCCCAUGAAAACCUGAAGAAACUCUCUCUCCAUUAUUAUCGCGGAACAAGAUUCCCAAAUUGGUUGGGAAAUCAUUCUUUUCAUAGCUUGACAUCUAUGUCUCUAAAUUGUUGUAGGUACUGUAAUUCUUUGCCACCUCUUGGCCAACUUCCUUCCCUUAAGGUUCUUGAAAUCUUGCAGUUUGAUGAGCUGGUGACAAUUGGCAAUGAGUUCUAUGGAUCCUCUGCAUUGAAGCCAUUUCCAUCUUUGGAGAUACUGAAAUUCAUUUGUCUACCGGCAUGGACAAAAUGGCAUUCUCUUCGAGACAAAUCUUUCCCUUGCCUAUAUGAGCUACACAUAGAAAAUUGUCCAUCAUUGAGCGAUGAUUUGCCUCGCCAGCUACAGAGUUUGGUGAAACUGGUCAUCAGAGACUGCCAAAAGCUUGCUGCUUCAAUCCCCAAGGCUCCAGCUUUGCAGGAAAUGGAGAUAACUAAUUGUGACAAGGUAGUUCUAAAGGAAAUACCAAGCAAUCUAGAAUCAUUCAAAGUGAAAGGCUGUGAGAUCAUGCAAUCUACAUUUAAAGCGUUAGAGUACACAGGAUCUCGCCUUCAAAGCUUGGAAAUGUCUAGCUGUUCACGCGACAUAAUGUUUUCGCAAUUGAAACUGCCAAGUUCACUAAGGAAACUUAUUGUCCAAGACUGUGAGAAACUUGUGAUUCCAACUGAGCAACCCAACAAAACAAUUGAAUGGAUAUCAAUAUCAGAAAGUUGUGAUUCAUUAGUAUCCUUCCCAAUGUCCAUGUUUCCCAAUCUCAGUUACCUUUUUCUUAAGGGCUGCAAAGCUCUAACAUCCUUGUUGCCGUCUCAAAACUGUCUCCAAUUCCCAAUUCUUUACUCACUGAGUAUAGUAAACUGUCCUGCUUUUGUAUGUUGUGGUUAUUUUUCAGCUCCCAACCUGACUCACCUUUUGAUUUCUGGUUGCAAGAGCUUGAUCUCAUUGCCAGAGAACAUGGACUUUCUCAUGCCAUCUUUACAAACACUUAUAAUAUACAAAUGUCCCAAAAUUGAGUACUUUCCUGGAGGCAGUCUACCAUCUGGUCUAGCUGAACUCCAAAUAGGAUACUGCGACAAACUUGUUGCGAACCGGUCUGACUGGAACUUGCAAAGGGCGGAGUCUCUGGAAAUUUUUAGCAUAAUUGGAAGAUGUGAGAAUGUGGAAAGUUUCCCUGAUGAUGAUCUUUUACCUGCCAAUAUAGCACAGUUGUUCAUUGAUGGAUUUGUGCAUCUCAAAAGAUUGAACGGCAAAGGGCUUGAAAAUCUUGAUUCUCUGUUAGAAUUUAACAUUAGCAUGUGCCCUCAGAUUCAGUCAUUGCCAGAAGAAGGGUUGCCUAAUACACUAAAAUCUCUCAGCAUUUGGGGUUGCCUUUUGCUAAGGGAACGUUGCAAGAAGGACAUAGGGGAAGAUUGGCCUAAGAUUUCUCACAUACCCUCUAUAACAAUUGAUGAAUAAGCAUAAUCAUUUUUAAUGGAAUCUUGUUACAUCAUGUUUGAUUCUCACAUUCUUUCUUGAUUUUUUUUUGAAGUUCCUAUGUAGAAUAAAAGACUGUUCAUUUGAAUUUAUAUGAAUAUGUAUUCAACUUAUUUCCUUUCUCACAUUCUAAAGGGUCUAGUGUUUGUGUUCAAUAGUAUUAUUUCGUGGAAUUAGAAUAUCCCAGUAAAGUUAGUUAAGAAUGGAAGUAGUUCCUACUAUCUUCAGUGAUGUAAGUUUUGUCUUAAUGGUUAUACAUAUUCUUUGUGGGGAUAAGAUGUUUUUUGUGGUUCAUUAAUGUUAUGCGGAGUUAAACCCCAAAAUAGUCCCUGAGAUUGGCGUUUUGCACUAAAAUCGUUUAUGAGAUUUCAAUUACAUCAAUUACAUCCUUGAGAUUGAAAAAAAUGCACCAUAUUAGUCUCUAACCUAUUUUUCAUUAACGACGUGAUGACAUGGCAUGAUGACGUGGACUGUA